AUGUCCCGUCGUCGAAGGGCGCACCAGUGGUGGCAACUGGCUUCUCGGCGCAGUUGGCCGCCACCGGCCUCAGUGGGCCCCAGGGCCUCGUCCUCGACUCCAAGGGAGGGUGCGCUGCUGGUCGUGGAACAAGGAAAGGGCAUCAAGCGUCUGACGCUGUCUGACAACGGGGGCUCGUGUCUGACUGUAGCCCAGACGACGACUUUAGUCCAAAACACGGAUCUCACCCACAGCAUUGAACUCUCGCAAGAUGGAAAGACGCUGUUCGCAUCCAUCAGUAACGAGGUCUUUAGCUGGGCGUACGAUGUUGACACGGCCUCGGUCAGCAGCCAGAGGACCAUCAUCCAGAUCAUGACCAACCCGGACCACAUCUCACGCACCCUGCUGCUCUCCCGCAAGCAGCCCGAUCUGCUGCUCGUGUCCCGCGGCAGCGGCGAGAAGAUUGACGAGCUGGCCGCCCACGAGCCCAACGGCAUCUCGCAGAUCCGCGCCUUCAACCUCUCGGCCCUGCCCCAAGGCGCCCACCCCGUCACGGGCGGCAUCUACAGCGUCGAGAACAGCGCCGACCAGCUCUCCCGCUCCCAGACCGACAUCCACCAGGACAACCCUGGCGAGGAGCUCAACUUCCACGGCUACCUCAACGGCACGGCCGAGGACGGCCAGGCCACCAACUACGGCUAUCCCACCUGCUUCGCCCUGUGGAAGACGGACGGCUUCCCCGACCUAGCCAGCGGCAUGCGCGUCGGCAGCCAGUUCGCCCUCGACCCCAAGGACGACGGCGCCUGCGCGAGCAACUACACCUCUCCAUUCCAAUUCUCAGAACUAACCCACCCCCCCUUUCAGGCCCACACUGCGCCGCUCGACAUCAAGUUCAACGCCAACGGCACGCUCGCCUACCUCUCGGUGAUCAGCACCGCCGCCGUCGUCGACGUGCUCACCAACGCGGACACCACCGCCUGCCUGGGCGCGUGCUUCCGCCCCGUCGGCCUGGCUGUUGAUGGCGAUACUGGUCGCGUCUUCAUGACCAGCGACUCAACCGGCGAGAUCUACGCCGUUCAGCGGCUCCCCGGCGCCGGCGGACUAGCGGCGGGCCCGUCUAGCGGUGCCUCGGCUCGGCUCGGGCUGCUGUGGUUUGACGGUGGACUGCUGCCGCUUUUAGGGUGGACGUUGGUCGUGUCGGCUGUGCUGGGCGGGGGCGUCAUGUUUGCGGUGCCUGUUUUUGGCUGA